CUCGGUUCCUGCCCGGUUCCAUAGAGACAGCGGUGCGGACUGAUACAUUUUGGGCGCCGCAGCUUAUUAAAUAUAUGAUAAAUAGUCAAAACGUUUUACUGCGUGAGAAAUACGAUGUGUGACAAAAGAACACAAAUGCGUGACACUUGACAGCCCUGCUAAAGACUUUCCGCUUAUCACCAACUCAACACGGAAGUUCUUCUGGAAAAACGAAACUGUGUCGUUCAUCAUGUCUUAUAUUAUAAUAAAUAUUUAAAAAAAUAUAGAAUAAAUAUAAUAAUACAAUUUAAUAAACAAAAAAUAUUUUUGAAAAAAAUUUUUUGAAAAAAAAAAAAUAUAUAUAUUCCUUCAUUUUAGUGAGAAUUUCAUACCCUUAAAACUGGAUUAUGACCAAAAUUGUAUGUUUUUUCUCUCUCUCUUUCACGACCAGGUGUAAACGCAGCCAAGAGACACACCCAACGGAAACGGUUUCAUUUUCUCCCUUUCCUCGUGUCUCAAGAAGGUUAUCUCUCUGUAUCAUCCCUAGAUAACUGAUCAUAUUCAUCAGGCCUCAGCUUAAUAAGAAGAAUGGCUGAAGCUGAAAAAUCCUGUUACGAAGAUCAGUUUAGCUGCUCUGUGUGUCUGGACGUCUUGAAGGAACCGGUGACUAUUCCUUGUGGACACAGUUACUGCAUGAGCUGUAUUAAUAACUUCUGGUCUGGGAUGGAUCAGAAUGCUGUCUAUAGCUGCCCUCAGUGCAGGGAGACGUUUUCUCCAAGGCCUGCCCUGAAGAAGAACACACUUUUAGCUGAAGUGAUAGAGAAAAUGAUGAACGCGUCGGAUCAGGCCACCACUUCUAAUCAGAACACCACAGAGUUCAUAAGAUGUGACGUCUGUAUUGGUGAAAAAAAUACAGCUGACAAGUUUUGUUUGCAGUGUUUAGCCUCCUACUGUGAGCUUCACCUCCAGCCUCACUACGAAUCGCCUGUGUUCAUGAAGCACAAAUUAGUCCCAGCGUCUGCACAGUUGCAGAAGAACAUCUGCUUGCAGCACGGCAAGCUACUGGAUAUUUACUGUUGUGACGACCAACGGUGUAUCUGUUACCUGUGCAUGGUUGAGAGUCAUAAAGGCCACAAAUCAUCAUCUGUGGAAACUGAAAGGAUCAAAAAUCAGGAUGCAUUGGAAAAGAAGAAGAUAGAAUGUCUUCGGAUGAUUGCUCAAAGAGAACAAGGACUAAGAGAGCUCAGUAAGGCUGUGACGUCUGUCAAAUGUUUUGCUCAGGCAGCAGAAGAAGACAAUGAGAGAAUUUUAGCUGAGCUAAUUGACUCCAUGAAGAUCAGAUGCUCAGCAGUGAACAAACUGAUCAGAGCUCAAGAGAAGGCCGAACUGACACGAGCUGAAGCACUUCGUCAGCAUCUGGAUCAUGAGCUCAAUGAGCUGAGGGCAAAAAUUCCUGAAAUGCAACAGAUUUUAUCAACAAAUGAUCACGUCACUUUCAUCGAGAAAUACACAUCUGUCUGUGGCAUGCCCAUGUUUAAAGACUUGCCUACAAUAACCUGUGUGAGCCGUGAUACUUCUGGAAUCCUCUCCAUUUCUGGGGUCAAAAAACACCUUGAGGAUGUCUGUGAACAAGAAGUAGCAAGGAUAUCAAAACGAGUUAUGCAGAUCUAUGUUGUGGAACCUUCAGAGCCAGUGACCAGAGAGGACUUUUUGCAAUAUUUCUGUGAUCUUCAUGUGGAUCCAAACACCGUCAACAACAGUCUUCGUCUGUCUGAAGGAGACAAAAAAGUGGCCAAGUCUUCACCAGCCCUUCAUUAUCCUGAUCAUCCUGAGAGAUUUGACUACUUUGCAUAUGUCUUAUGUAAAGAGGGUCUUUAUGGUCAUUGCUACUGGGAAGCUGAAUGCAGUGGAAAUGUUUGGUCUGUGGCAGUUUCAUAUAAAAGCAUCAUGCGUAAAGGGGACAGUAUUGAGUGUAGAUUUGGGUAUAAUGCUAAAUCCUGGAGAAUAUCCCGCUCUAAACAGCAAUACUAUUUCAAACAUAACCAAAUCAAAGUUAAUCUUCAUCAGUUCAAUUCGAAAACUAUUGGUGUGUACGUGAACCACAGUGGAGGAACUCUGUCCUUCUACAGUGUCUCUGACAAGAUGAUCCUCCUCCAUAAAGUCCACACAACGUUCGCUGAGCCACUCUAUGCAGGGUUCAGGGUUGGACCUCACUCAGUUGUACGAAUUCUGGAAAAAUGCUGAAAAAACUAAAUUUAAUUCAGAAAUAAUAAAAUUUAUGUCAUGAUUUCUAACUCAGAAAUGUAAAAAAUGAUAGUUAUAGCACAAAGGUUCCUUAGCAGUGCGUACAUGUAUAAAUGAUAAUCACCACCUAGGGAACUAGAGAACUGAAUGAGACACACCCCAUAAUAAUUAUACUCAUUAUAUUAUUAUAAUAAUAUUAAUUCUAAUAAUUAUACUCAUUAUAUUUUUGGACACUCAAACUUAUUUUUUCAGUCAAAACCCAAACAAAUAAACUAAUUAUGAUUUAUAUGUUACAUAAAUUUGUUUACUAAAUCACACGUGUUUCUGUCAUGGAACUUCAAGUAGGAAUAUGGUCUAGCUAGUGUUUUUUUUGUGUGUGUGUUUUUAUAUAUAUAUAUAUAUAUAUAUAUAUAUAUAUAUAUAUAUAUAUAUAUAUAUAUAUAUAUAUAUAAAGCUUCAAAUUAAAAUAAAAAUCAGUUUAAAAUAAAAAUUUGUAGACAGUUGGCUUGAGUUUGCCCACCGUUUUUUCAAGAUGAAUAGCUUCAAGAUGAAUAGCUCGAAUAUGACAUCAUUUCUAGUAAGGGAACAAAGUGAAAAUCAGUUCUCUCUGGUUUUUGUGGUCCAUGUUAGGAUUUUUAGGGAGCAAAUGUUCCAUUGCACUGGAAAAAUUGUAAGUGUAACAGCGCUUAACAUGACCCACUCCCUGAUGUCUCCCACUCCCUUAGUGCUUUGACACCUGACCUAGAUAGCUGAUUGAAAUGCUCCCAAUACUCUUGAUGACUUAAAUAAUAUAUAUAUAUUUAAAUAAAUCAUAUAAUCUUCUAACGUUUACUUUACAUGUUUCAUUUAGUUGUGUGCGUCGAUUAAAAUAAACUACAAUUAAGACAUUAAUUCAUGUCAGUAGCUUUUAAAAAAUGAAUUAUUGUGCACAACAUGGCAGAGCAGCAGACAUUUUUAAGUAGUCCAGGCAGGCCACAUUUAGGAUGUGUAUGCAAAAGUUGCUUUGUCGUGAUCACGACUUAAUUUUGUCAUGAUCUCUGCAUGUACUCCAUUGUUAACAUGUUAUGGAUUAUUAAAACAUUAAACCUUUAUUCUCAUUAA